CUCUUCCAGUGCAAAGCAGUCUACAUAAAAAUAUGGUCUAAAAUCUGAUUGAGCCGAGUGCCGUCGGCAUACGUGGUCCAUGUGGUAUUCGAGUUUACCCCUUCCACUGCCCUGCGAGGUCUAGAUAUUUAUGGUCUAAAAGAUGAUACUAUAGAUGCUGCAGUGCUUUUACAAAGUAAAUACAUACGCACCACACCAGCUGAGUUUAACAAAUACGACAUACGAAGCUACUGUUAUGACCACUUCAAAAGAUUUAAAUGUUGCGAGGAAAAGUCUUAUUGCUUCGCUCGGUGAAAAUGCAAAGGCGUAUUUCGAGAAAAUGAAGCUGUGGUUUCAAAUGAAGACAACUAAAGAAGAAUUUGAUUGCGAAGCUCGCAAUAUGAUGACCGAAGAUCAAGUUCACUUGCACAAUGAGUUCCUCUUAUGUUUAUUUAAUAAAGUACGCGGUUUGGCCGUGGUGUCAACAACACGAAAUACAAAGUUAAAUAGUUGUCAUGGUUUCCACGAUAAAGACAGAAUAUUAGGUAAUAUACACAGUCACCAUGAUAAAGAUAAAAUAUUAAAGGAAAAACGUUUACGUUUGAAACGGAGGUAUAAAACCGAUAAAUCAAACUUUGAGCCAGCAGAUAUGUAUGUGGAAGUACUUGGUCAGGUAUCGUCACCGGUAGGAGAUGAACCCAUUGGAGCUAAUCGUUCCAGUGCUCAAGAACUAGUGCUACCCGACCGCACUUUUGUAUUAGCGAGAUUAAUGCUUGCAGCAUGGGAGAAUAAUAUGGACGGAGCUGAGGAAAGCACUGCUCACAUUGUCAUAGCUGCAACUCAACUCUUUUUAAAGAAUGUUCUCACUGCCAUUCUGACCAGGCGAAAAGGAUACUCUGUUACAGAGGGAACGUUUAUUCACAACAUAGGGGAGCCAGUCCCCUGUUCAUGGAAAAGGAACACUGCUUACAUUCCGCAAAUGUCCAAUUACAAUGCACCAAUCAGAAUAGCAGAUCCAGAUGGUCAGGUGCCUUCGAUAAAACGCAAUGUAGAGGAAGCAGAGCAAGUAACAGCUUUCACCAUGGCAUGUUCAACGCAAACAGUUCUUCCUUCACCACAUCCUGUUAGCGUGUCCGACCUGCAACAUACAUUGAAGAUAUACAAGAACCUGGUAUGUAAUCAUACAAUUUACGCAACUAAUAUGGAACGAAUUUAUACUUAUGCUACACAUCCUACAUGGGAAGAAUUAGAAGCAAAAAGAGUUUUGUGUCAAAGUUCAGAAACUUAGAGCGGUGUGCAUAAGAAAAUAAGUGCACUCACUAAAGUAAUCUUGGAACGUAUCCACUACUCUGUGUAAAAAUUCAAUUACAA